AAGAUUUUUAAAUGCUAUAUUUGAGCCACUAGCUUCUAUUAGAAUUCUUUUAAUGUUUGUUUACUUUUGAGAGAGAGAGCGUGUGUGUGAGCUGGGGAGGGACAGAGGGAGAGGGAGACAGAGGAUCCCAAGUGGGCUCUGUGCUGACAGUAUAGAGCCUGAUGCAAGGCUCGAACUCAACCACCAUGAGAUCAUGACCUGAGCCAAAGUCAGACACUUAACUGACUGAGCUACCCAGGAGCUUCUAUAAUUUUUUAAUCCCGACUACUGUGGCAGGAGUUGGAAGUUGUGAUAACCAACCAAAGAUCUUAGAAAUAUCAACAUGCAACAAGGCUUUAUGGCAUUUCCUGCUCACAGAUUCAGCUAGUAAUGGGCACAGUCUUGCCUCUGGAAUGCCUUGUUUUCCCCUUGCUAUAUGUCUCAGGGUGGAUCUUCCCGAAGCUGAUGCUGAAAAGGAGUUUGGCUUCCAGGAUGUUCAUUGGGGAUCAACACCUGUAAAGAGAGGAGGUUAGGAAGCAGAUUAGGCAGAGGAAAUUGAAUUGCAAUUCAGACUUAACAAAGCUUUGGCCACCCUACAGGAAGUUCUGCAGUUGUGAGGGUUUCUUUCCCUCCAUAAGUAAAUAGUAAGCUCUUUGGGGACAGAGACCUGUUUUCAAUGCCCUUGCACAGGCCAUUGUAAAGCUGCUCAGCAAAUAUUUGUGGAAUGAAAGAAAUCUGAGUAAUAUCUUGUGGGUUUUUUUAGUUUUUUUUUUGGUUUUUUUUUUGUUUUUUUUCUGUAACACCCAAGCCUUGCCUGUCCUUUCCCCAGAUGAAAGUGCAGCUUAGAGCAAUGGGGUUAAUGGAGACACAGGUGGUUGUCCUCUAUAUCAUGAGCAAACACGGAGGUAACUUGCCCUCUAUAAUCAGCCUGCUAUAAACCACUGUUUCUGGGCUCCAUAAGAUAAGGAGGACCUGCAUCGGGGCCCAAGGAGAACCACUAACAGGAGUUGUAAAGAAUAUGAGAUCCUAGGGGGAAGGCGGGGAGAAGAUCCUGGAAGACACAGUGACAGCUUCUCGGUACUGAGGCAUAUGGAUUAUGGUUCUGACCUGUUGUUUUUUUUUCUGUGUGUGGGGAAUAGGCUGUUCGGAUACAAAUUUUUAUCCUUUUAUGCUCAAGGGUUAAGAGAGCAUCUUAGAAGUCUUUUUUUUAAAGUCAACUUGUUUUCUAGUAAGUAUGGUCCUGCUUUAGUCUUUCAUUUGAUUUCCUUGUUUUUCCCUCAUUUUUACUGUAGGAUUCCCUGAGACAGGAUAUGUGUUAAUAAAUCCUCUAAAAUUUCCCUGAACUUUACUAAUGUAUUAUUUACUGCCUUGCAUGUAGAGACCUUCAAUUAUUACCUUUUAAAUGAAUGAAAUAAAAAAUAAUUGAUUCUACACCAUAAUUAAUGUGUUGUAGAAUAAGUGUUUAAUAAGGAUUACACUCAGCAAUUCAGGACCAGAAAUUUGCUUGUUUUUACAUUACAGUUUUUUUUAUAAGACUUUUUUAAUUUUUAAGUAAUCUCUACACCCAACAUGGGGCUUGAACAUAACAACCCCAAGAUCGAGAGUCACAUGCUCUUCUGACUGAGCAAGCUGGGUGUUCCUAUACAUGACAAUUUUUUCUGAUGCCUAUUUAGACUCUUUUAUGCUUCAUCUUUUAAAAUAUGUAAAUUACUUUCUUCAUGUUGACUAUUAGAAGAAGGAGAUUGUACUUGUGUUUCACUGGGUGAAUUACAUUUAUUUAUUUUUCAUGAUUAACAUGUAUAUCCUUCAAAGUUUUAAAUUUGAUUAUUUAGGGAGUUUACGCCUUAUCUGAUCCUUCUGUAUUUUUAUGUCCUUCUUGCUUACUUAGUACCCCACCAGAGGGCAGGCAAAGGAAAGGAGAAAAGAAGAUACUGAUUUCAGUUCCCAAAUUCUUACAUAGGCACCUUUCACUUGCAUAUGUUGUGCUUCUGGGUGAUGUGAAGACAAUAGGAUCAUCUGCCUUUUGCUAUUUUAAAAUAUUUAGUAGAAUGCUCAGUUAUUUGGAAUUAAAUUAUGUAAGGUUGAUUUCCGGGAUUAUAGAACUAAAUAAGUAUACUUUAAAUUCUUCAACUUUAUAUUCUCCGAUCCAUGUAUUUUUAAGUUAUCCAUCUUUUCUUGGUAAUUCAUGCCACUGUUUUCAUUGCUACUAUUGAUCAUUACGAUUGACUGUAAGGAGAAGAUUUUGUGUUUAAAAGUACACUAGAAUGUUCACAAUACAGUGUAAAGUUUUAAAAUACUCCUUUCAACGUCCCAUAACACUUGAUGUUUCUGAGGUGAUCAGGGAAUUUUCAGAAUGAUAAGAAUUAUCUUUUGAAAUUCAAGUUACUGUUUUGCUCUUUUGCUGGAAGUUUCUUUAAAAGAAAGACACGCCUCAAACGAAAGUAAAUUUGCCUGAACAUUAUCACAGCAUAGGUUUUAAAGUCUAGAUGAGGACGCUAAAUAUUUUAUGGUCUCAGUAUGGCCGUUAACACCCAUUGUACACGGACACUAGAUGUGUAUAUGAAGUGCAGUUUCAUGGUCUCUAGCUGUUUGGCCUGUUAUCAGUACGAACAGCAAAUGGUGUCCAAAUCAGCUUCAAAACAGCUGGCAGUUGACUUGCUGGCAUUUAGCACCACCUAAGUACACAAUGACAGUUUUUUGCUCUUUGACACAAAGAAUGUACCUUCCCUUCUCACCGGGAAGCUGGUGCAACCAUCUUUCUGUGUGCUUUUGGAUCUAGUAAUGCAGAAGAACCUUAAAAUGGAUUUUUUAAAGAGAGUCGUUCCUCCCAUUCUUUCGGGAGAUGUGGUUUUGGACACUAGAGAUAGUUUUCGGGAAAGCUCCCCAAGAUUACUUAAGAUGAAACGUCUUAGUUUACUUUCAUCAGAGAAGAUUGUAGAUGAGAAAGAUGGAAUCCAUUUCUGUCACACUAAUUAUGACAAACACCAGCAUCACCAACUAGCUUCAGCACCAGUCAGCAAAGUGAAUAAGUACUGUGCUUCUUCCAACUUUCAUUCCACUUUGGGAAAAAAGAAUAUCAUCAUGUCAAGCAUUACGAUUGACCCAGAUGUCAAGCCUGGUGAAUAUGUCAUCAAGAGCCUCUUUGCAGAAUUUGCUGUUCAAGCUGAAAAGAAAAUUGAAGUUGUAAUGGCUGAACCCUUGGAGAAGCCAUUGUCUAGAUCUCUUCAAAGAGGUGAAGAUCUUCAGUUUGACCAGUUGAUAAGCUCUAUGAGCUCCGUAGCAGAGCACUGUCUCCCUUCCUUACUUCGCACCUUGUUUGACUGGUACAGACGCCAGAAUGGAACUGAAGACGAAUCUUAUGAGUACAGGCCUCGAUCUAGCACAAAGUCUAAGGGGGAUGAACAGCAACGUGAAAGAGAUUAUCUUCUUGAGAGGAGAGACUUAGCCGUAGAUUUCAUUUUUUGUUUAGUUUUAGUUGAAGUUCUAAAGCAGAUUCCUGUUCAUCCUGUGCCCGAUCCCUUAGUUCAUGAAGUUCUAAACUUAGCUUUUAAGCACUUUAAACAUAAGGAAGGAUAUUCAGGAACCAACACUGGGAAUGUGCAUAUUAUUGCAGAUUUAUAUGCAGAGGUGAUAGGGGUUCUUGCCCAAUCAAAAUUUCAGGCUGUGAGGAAGAAGUUUGUGACAGAAUGGAAAGAGCUGCGGCAAAAGGAACAAAGUCCUCAUGUGGUGCAAAGCAUCAUCAGCUUAAUAAUGGGAAUGAAGUUUUUUCGAGUAAAAAUGUAUCCUGUAGAAGAUUUUGAAGCAUCAUUUCAGUUCAUGCAGGAAUGUGCUCAGUAUUUCUUAGAAGUAAAAGAUAAAGAUAUAAAGCAUGCACUUGCUGGUUUAUUUGUGGAGAUUCUUAUCCCUGUAGCUGCUGCUGUUAAAAAUGAAGUGAAUGUUCCCUGUUUGAAAAAUUUUGUGGAGAUGCUUUAUCAGACUACUUUUGAACUGAGCUCCAGGAAGAAGCAUUCAUUGGCUCUUUAUCCACUAAUUACCUGCCUUUUAUGUGUCAGUCAGAAACAGUUUUUUUUAAAUAACUGGCAUAUUUUCCUACAGAACUGUUUGUCACAUUUAAAGAUGCCAUCUAACAACAGUAUCAGAAAACAAAUAGAAACACUCCAGAAUAAAGAUCCUAAAAUGUCUCGAGUUGCACUGGAAUCUUUGUAUAGAUUGUUGUGGGUUUAUGUAAUUAGAAUAAAAUGUGAAAGCAACACUGUAACUCAGAGUCGUCUUAUGAGCAUAGUGUCAGCACUUUUUCCGAAAGGUUCACGUAGUGUGGUUCCUCGUGAUACACCUCUCAAUAUAUUUGUGAAGAUUAUCCAGUUCAUUGCUCAGGAACGUUUGGAUUUUGCAAUGAAAGAAAUAAUAUUUGAUCUUCUCAGUGUUGGAAAAUCUACUAAAACUUUCACCAUUAAUCCAGAGAGAAUGAACAUAGGCCUGAGAGUCUUCCUUGUAAUAGCAGACAGUUUGCAGCAGAAGGACGGAGAGCCACCGAUGCCAACAACAGGGGUCAUCCUUCCCUCAGGAAACACUCUCCGUGUAAAGAAAAUUUUUCUCAAUAAAACGUUGACGGACGAGGAAGCAAAAGUCAUAGGAAUGUCAGUGUACUAUCCUCAAGUGAGAAAAGCAUUAGAUAGCAUUCUCAGACAUUUGGACAAAGAAGUUGGGAGACCAAUGUGUAUGACUAGCGUGCAGAUGUCCAAUAAGGAGCCUGAAGAUAUGAUUACAGGGGAAAGAAAACCCAAAAUUGAUUUGUUUAGGACUUGUGUUGCUGCUAUUCCAAGGCUGAUUCCUGAUGGUAUGAGCAGAACUGACCUCAUUGAAUUGUUAGCAAGGCUCACAAUUCAUAUGGAUGAAGAACUACGUGCUCUGGCUUUCAAUACCCUGCAGGCACUAAUGCUUGAUUUUCCAGAUUGGCGGGAGGAUGUUCUUUCAGGAUUUGUUUAUUUUAUUGUUCGUGAAGUGACUGAUGUCCAUCCCACGCUUCUUGAUAAUGCUGUAAAGAUGUUGGUACAAUUAAUAAAUCAGUGGAAACAGGCAACCCAAAUGCACAACAAAAACCAGGACUCCCAGCAUGGUGUGGCUAAUGGAGCUUCUCAUCCCCCUCCUCUGGAAAGGAGCCCGUAUUCCAACGUAUUCCAUGUGGUCGAAGGGUUUGCACUUGUCAUUCUCUGUAGCAGUCGACCUGCGACUAGGAGAUUAGCUGUCAGUGUCCUUAGAGAAAUACGGGCUUUGUUUGCACUUUUGGAAAUACCUAAGGGUGAUGAUGAAUUAGCCAUAGAUGUGAUGGACAGGCUGAGCCCAUCCAUUCUUGAGAGCUUCAUACAUCUCACUGGAGCUGAUCAGACUACUCUGCUGUAUUGCCCUAGCUCGAUAGAUUUACAGACAUUAGCAGAAUGGAACUCUUCUCCUAUCAGCCACCAGUUUGAUGUGAUCAGCCCAUCACACAUAUGGGUAUUUGCACAUGUGACCCAAGGCCAAGACCCAUGGAUCAUAAGUCUCUCCAGUUUUUUAAAGCAAGAAAACCUUCCCAAACACUGCUGUACAGCUGUGAGCUAUGCUUGGAUGUUUGCAUACACAAGACUUCAGUUAUUGUCCCCACAGGUUGAUAUAAACAGCCCCAUCAAUGCUAAGAAAGUGAACACUACCACAAGCAGUGACUCCUACGUCGGCCUGUGGAGAAACUAUCUGCUCCUUUGCUGCAGUGCGGCGACAUCCACGACCUCUUCAACAUCUGCAGGUUCUGUGAGGUGUUCUCCUCCCGAGACGCUGGCGUCUACCCCUGAUAGUGGCUAUAGCAUUGAUUCCAAAAUUAUCGGCAUCCCAUCCCCUUCAUCCUUGUUUAAGCACAUAGUUCCAAUGAUGCGCUCUGAGAGCAUAGAGAUCACAGAAUCCCUUGUUCUAGGUCUUGGCAGGACCAACCCAGGAGCUUUUAGGGAACUAAUAGAGGAAUUGCAUCCCAUAAUUAAAGAAGCACUCGAAAGAAGGCCAGAGAAUAUGAAGCGUCGCAGGCGUCGAGAUAUUUUGCGAGUACAACUGGUACGAAUAUUUGAACUGCUGGCAGAUGCGGGUGUCAUUAGUCACAGUGCAAGUGGUGGCCUUGAUAAUGAAACACAUUUUCUCAACAACACUUUAUUGGAAUAUGUAGAUUUAACUCGACAACUCCUGGAAGCAGAAAAUGAGAAAGACUCUGACACACUGAAGGAUAUACGAUGCCAUUUUAGUGCCUUAGUGGCGAAUAUCAUUCAGAAUGUUCCAGUGCACCAGAGAAGAAGUAUCUUCCCUCAACAGAGCCUUCGUCACAGUCUGUUUAUGCUGUUCAGUCACUGGGCAGGCCCUUUCAGCAUCAUGUUUACACCCUUGGACAGAUACAGUGACAGAAAUAUGCAAAUUAACAGACAUCAGUACUGUGCCCUAAAGGCUAUGUCUGCUGUACUAUGUUGUGGCCCUGUUGCAGAUAAUGUAGGACUUUCAUCAGAUGGCUAUUUGUACAAAUGGUUGGAUAACAUUUUGGACUCUCUGGACAAAAAGGUUCAUCAGUUGGGCUGUGAAGCAGUUACAUUACUGCUGGAGCUGAACCCGGAUCAGAGCAACCUGAUGUACUGGGCUGUGGACCGAUGUUACACUGGUUCCAAGAGAGUGGCAGCUGGCUGCUUUAAAGCCAUAGCUAAUGUAUUCCAGAACAGGGAUUAUCAGUGUGAUACAGUGAUGCUCCUGAAUCUGAUCCUGUUUAAAGCAGCUGAUUCUUCUCGAAGCAUCUAUGAGGUUGCUAUGCAACUUCUACAGAUCCUGGAACCGAAGAUGUUUCGCUAUGCUCACAAAUUGGAAGUUCAGAGAACAGAUGGAGUACUUAGCCAGCUGUCUCCUCUGCCGCACCUGUAUUCUGUUUCGUAUUAUCAGUUAUCCGAGGAGUUAGCAAGGGCUUAUCCUGAGCUAACUCUCGCCAUGUUCUCAGAGAUAAGCCAGAGAAUUCAGACGGCUCACCCUGCCGGGAGGCAAGUAAUGCUACACUACCUGUUACCGUGGAUGAACAACAUCGAGUUGGUAGAUUUAAAACCUUUGCCCACAGCGAGGCGACACAAUGAAGAGGAAGACGACUCCUUAAAAGACCGAGAACUUAUGGUGACUAGCAGGCGCUGGUUGCGAGGAGAAGGCUGGGGGUCCCCACAAGCCACUGCGAUGGUUUUGAACAACCUAAUGUACAUGACAGCAAAGUAUGGUGAUGAGCUGGCCUGGUCGGAGGUGGAGAACGUGUGGACCACACUUGCAGAUGGCUGGCCAAAAAACCUGAAAAUAAUUUUGCACUUUCUGAUCAGCAUUUGCGGAGUGAAUAGUGAACCAAGCCUCUUGCCUUACGUGAAGAAAGUUAUUGUCUAUUUAGGUAGAGACAAAACGAUGCAGUUGCUGGAGGAGCUGGUGCGGGAACUCCAGCUGACAGACCCCGUCAGCUCGGGGGUCACUCACAUGGAUAACCCCCCGUAUUACCGCAUCACUUCCAGCUGCAAAAUCCCUUCUGUCACCUCAGGAACUACUUCCAGUAGCAAUACAAUGGUAGCUCCCAUAGAUGGCAAUCCCGAUAAUAAGCCCAUAAAAGAGAAUAUUGAGGAGAGCUAUGUGCACCUAGACAUCUACAGUGGACUAAACAGUCACUUAAAUCGUCAACAUCACAGACUAGAAUCUCGAUACAGUAGCAGCUCUGGAGGAUCUUAUGAAGAAGAAAAAAGUGAUUCAAUGCCACUUUAUUCUAAUUGGCGACUGAAAGUGAUGGAGCAUAAUCAAGGAGAGCCACUACCCUUCCCACCAGCUGGAGGCUGCUGGUCACCACUGGUGGAUUACUUGCCUGAAACGUCAUCACCUGGAUUACCUCUUCACAGGUGUAACAUAGCUGUGAUCCUUUUGACGGAUCUGAUCAUUGACCACAGUGUGAAGGUGGAAUGGGGAAGCUACCUCCAUCUUCUUCUUCAUGCAAUUUUUAUAGGGUCUGACCACUGCCACCCCGAGGUGUACGAGCACUGUAAGCGCCUGCUCCUGCACCUGCUAAUAGUCACGGGACCCAGCAGUAACAUCCGCGCUGUUGCCUCUGUCCUGCUCAGGAACAGGGAGUUUAACGAGCCCAGGGCGCUCACGGUCAAACAGACCGCGCACUUAGAUUACACUUGCACAGCGGGCGUUAGUGAUUUUAUACCUGAUUACCAGCCCUCCCCUAUGACUGACUCAGGGCUUAGCUCAAGUUCUACCUCUUCUAGUAUCAGCUUAGGAAAUAACAGCGCUGCCAUUUCCCAUCUACACACCACCCUCCUCAAUGAGGUCGACAUCUCCGUAGAGCAGGAUGGAAAAGUCAAAACCCUCAUGGAAUUCAUUACCUCAAGAAAAAGAGGGCCCCUUUGGAACCAUGAGGAUGUUUCUGCCAAGAAUCCUAACAUCAAGAGUGCUGAGCAGUUAACUACAUUUUUGAAACAUGUGGUUUCUGUUUUUAAGCAGUCAAGCUCAGAAGGAAUGCAUUUGGAACAUCAUCUUAGUGAAGUUGCUCUACAAACAGCACUUUCUUGUUCUUCUCGACACUAUGCUGGGAGAUCCUUCCAGAUUUUCAGGGCCCUAAAGCAGCCUCUUUCUGCAACUACACUUUCUGAUGUUCUCUCCAGACUUGUAGAAACUGUAGGGGAUCCGGGAGAAGAUGCACAGGGGUUUGUGAUCGAACUCCUGCUCACAUUGGAGUCUGCGAUUGACACUUUGGCCGAAACCAUGAAGCAUUACGAUCUUCUUUCUGCCCUUUCUCAAACCUCAUACCAUGAUCCUCUAAUGGGAAACAAGUAUGCAGCUAACAGGAAAAGCACUGGACAACUCAAUCUAAGCACAAGUCCCAUUAACAGCAGCAGUUAUUUGGGAUAUAACAGUAAUGCAAGAAGUAACUCUUUGAGAUUAAGUUUAAUUGGUGACCGAAGAGGUGACCGGCGGAGGAGUAACACACUGGACAUAAUGGAUGGACGGAUAAACCAUAGCAAUAGUUUAGCAAGGACUAGAAGCCUUUCCUCCCUGCGAGAGAAAGGCAUGUAUGACGUGCAGUCCCCUACUGAGCCUGCCAACUUGAUGGCCACCAUUUUUUGGAUAGCAGCAUCGCUAUUAGAAUCGGAUUACGAAUAUGAAUACCUCCUGGCUCUCAGGCUUCUCAACAAACUGCUUAUCCAUUUGCCUUUGGAUAAAUCAGAGAGUCGAGAGAAGAUUGAAAAUGUACAAAGCAAAUUGAAAUGGAGUAACUUCCCAGGCCUUCAGCAGCUCUUCCUUAAGGGUUUUACCUCAGUAUCUACACAAGAGAUGACCGUGCACCUCCUCAGUAAACUCAUCGCCGUCUCCAAGCACACGUUGGUGGAUCCUUCCCAGUUGUCAGGCUUUCCUCUUAACAUCCUUUGCUUAUUGCCUCACUUAAUCCAGCAUUUUGACAGCCCAACUCAGUUUUGCAAAGAAACAGCUAGUCGAAUAGCAAAGGUGUGUGCAGAAGAGAAAUGCCCAGCGCUGGUCAAUCUGGCUCACAUGAUGAGUUUGUAUAGUACACACACAUAUUCCAGAGACUGUUCUAACUGGAUCAACGUAGUAUGUAGAUAUCUGCAUGAUUCCUUCUCAGAUACUACAUUUAAUCUUGUGACUUAUCUUGCAGAGCUGUUAGAGAAAGGAUUGUCCAGCAUGCAGCAGUCAUUACUACAGAUCAUCUAUAGUCUUUUGAGCCAUAUUGACCUCUCUGCUGCCCCAGUCAAGCAGUUUAAUCUGGAGAUCAUAAAGAUUAUUGGUAAAUAUGUACAGAGUCCUUACUGGAAGGAAGCCCUUAACAUAUUAAAACUGGUGGUCUCUCGCUCUGCAAGUCUCGUUGUGCCCAACGAUAUCCCCAAGACCUAUGGAGGAGAUCUAGGUUCUCCUGAAAUAUCCUUCACCAAGAUUUUUAAUAAUGUCUCCAAGGAGUUGCCUGGGAAGACCUUAGAUUUUCAUUUUGAUAUAUCUGAGACACCAAUCAUUGGAAAUAAGUAUGGCGAUCAGCAUAGUGCAGCUGGAAGAAAUGGGAAACCCAAAGUUAUUGCAGUUACUAGGAGUACUUCUUCUACUUCUUCUGGUUCUAAUUCUAAUGCCUUGGUUCCUGUUAGCUGGAAAAGGCCACAGUUAUCACAGCGAAGAACAAGAGAAAAGCUAAUGAAUGUGCUUUCUCUCUGUGGUCCAGAAUCUGGCCUUCCAAAGAAUCCAUCCGUUGUAUUUUCUUCUAAUGAGGAUUUGGAAGUUGGUGACCAACAGACCAGCCUAAUUUCUGCAACAGAAGACAUGAUUCAAGAGGAAGAAGUGGCCGUGGAAGACAACAGCAGUGAACAACAAUUUGGCGUUUUUAAGGAUUUUGACUUUUUAGAUGUUGAAUUGGAAGAUGCAGAGGGUGAAAGUAUGGACAAUUUCAACUGGGGAGUCCGCAGGCGCUCACUGGACAGUAUUGACAAAGGGGACACUCCCUCCCUCCAAGAGUACCAGUGCUCCAGCAGCACCCCCAGCCUGAACCUGACCAACCAGGAAGACACGGACGAGUCCUCGGAAGAGGAAGCAGCUCUCACAGCAAGCCAGAUACUGUCCCGCACGCAGAUGUUAAACAGUGAUUCUACUGCAGACGAAACACUGCCAGACCAUCCCGAUCUACUUGUUCAGUCUCAAGAUUCCACUGGCAGCGUCUCAACAGAAGAAGUGCUUCAAAUCAGAGAUGAGACCCCAAGUUUGGAGGCUUCUCUAGAUAAUGCUAACAGCCAGCUGCCUGAGGAUACAGGUUCAGUGUUAAAGGAGGAACAAGUUCUGACAAGCUUUGAAGAUGAAGGGUCAUAUAUAAUUCAAGAACAGCAGGAUUCUCUCGUGUGUCAAGGGAUUCUCAACUUGGAAGACACAGACAUGCCAGAGCCCCUGGCUCCUGAGAGCUACCCUGAGUCCAUCUGUGAAGAAGAUGUCACCUUGGCUUUGAAAGAACUAGACGAAAGAUGUGAAGAAGAAGAAGCAGAUUUCUCUGGACUGUCUAGUCAAGAUGAAAAAGAGCAAGAUGGCUUUCCAGAAGUCCAGACCUCCCCUCUGCCAUCACCAUUUCUUUCUGCCAUAAUAGCUGCCUUUCAGCCGGUUGCAUAUGACGACGACGAAGAAGCCUGGCACCGCCACGUCAGCCAGAUGCUGUCUGACACCGACGGGUCCUGUGCAGUGUUUACUUUUCACGUGUUUUCCAGGCUGUUUCAGACAAUUCAGAGAAAGUUUGGAGACAUAACUAAUGAGGCAGUCAGCUUUCUUGGUGAGAGUCUGCAACGCAUUGGUACCAAAUUUAAAAGUUCACUGGAAGUGAUGAUGAUGUGUUCAGAAUGCCCAACAGUCUUUGUGGAUGCUGAAACACUGACGUCAUGCGGUUUGCUGCAAACACUCAAGUUCAGUGUUUUGGAGUUGCAAGAGCAUCUGGAUACCUACAAUGCCAAAAGAGAAGCAGCUGAGCAGUGGUUAGACAACUGUAAGAGGACAUUUGGUGCCAAAGAAGACGUGUAUAGGAUAAACACAGAUGCACAGCAAAUGGAAAUUCUAGCAGGCCUGGAGCUCUGUCGAAGGCUGUACAAACUACAUUUUCAGUUGCUGCUUCUGUUCCAAGCCUACUGUAAAUUGAUCAACCAAGUAAACACAAUAAAAAAUGAAGCAGAGGUCAUCAACAUGUCCGAGGAACUUGCCCAACUGGAAAAUAUCCUCAAAGAAGCAGAGUCUGCUUCAGAAAAUGAAGAAAUUGACAUUUCCAAAGCUGCACAAACUACCAUAGAAACUGCCAUUCAUUCUUUAAUUGAAACUCUGAGAAAUAAGGAGUUUAUUUCAGCUGUGGCACAAGUCAAAGCCUUCAGAUCUCUCUGGCCGAACGAUAUCUUUGGCAGUUGUGAGGAUGACCCUGUGCAGACGCUGUUGCACAUCUACUUCCAUCACCAGACGCUGGGCCAGACGGGGAGCUUCGCGGUCAUAGGCUCUGACCUGGACAUGUCAGAGGCCAACCACAAACUGAUGGAGCUCAAUCUAGAAAUAAGGGAGUCCCUACGCAUGGUGCAGUCAUACCAGCUCUUAGCACAGGCCAACCCAGUCGGAACUUUGGUGAGCACCGGAUUCUGAGAAGCUUCCAGGCGUUUAGGGAAGACACUAAACUGAAGAUGAUGCAGAAUAUUCAUGAGCACCUUUUACGAACCCUCGCAGUUCACGGACAACCCUUCCUGGCGGCAUCCACGACCACGGCGUAGCUGAUGUCAAACCGGUAUCAGAGUCAAAGAUCUAAGGAAGAAAAAAAAAAAAAAGAAAUCUAAUGGCUGCCAAUACCUCCUACAAUAACCGUAUGAAGAAGGAGUUUUUAAUUACUUAACCUAGGUGAAAAGAAAAGGGCUAAGAGUGAUGCGUACAAAUACAUGACUUUCUGGAGAAAGAAGAGAAUUCUAGGACUGUUUGCAAUAAUGGCCUCUAAUACUGAGACGUUGGAAAGCAGGUGACGUGAGGCUAAAACCCAGGCUCGUUCAUUUUAGCUGACAACCUGCAGGGCUGUGUGGAUGCUCCACAGUCGAUGCUUCAUUAUCUACGUGAAGAACCUUUAGUCGGAUAGACAGACACGGAGAGACUUCUUUGCAAAAACCAUUGACUUUUUUUCAACACGUGGGAUGAGGGUGUGGGUGUUUUGUUUUUCAGUCUGUACAAGGGAUUGUGUGUGCGUGAGCUGGGAUGUGUGAAUAUGUGACAGUCCUAUUUUCAAGGUAUGGAUGUUUGGUGAUAACGUGUCAGCAUGCCUAAAAGAGCACUGCAAGAUUAUUUUUGAAGAAAUUUUAUUUUAUUAGAUCUAACUCUUCAUAGUGUGUAAAUGUUAGAACAUUUUAAUAAUAUUUUAAAACUGGGCUUUCCCGGUAUUUCGAAAAGAAAUAAUAUAUCUGUUAAUGUUAUUGGAAUGCUGCUCAGCUCUCUGACCAGUGCUUACAUUACGAUUGUUGAUAACUAACCAAAGUAGAUGCCUGCAGAGACUUUAAAAUGUAAAAUAAAGAUGUAUGCUGCCCGUCAGCUAUUCUCAUUAGGAAAGUUAACUUAUUUUACUCCAUAAUUAUUAUAGAAACUGUAUAGAUUAAAACCAGUAUUGUACGUUUGUGCAAUGCACUGUUAUACAAGAAUAGGUGUACAAAGCUAAAGAAAAGAGCGUGGUCACUGAUGGUAGAAUAUAAGACUUGCAGGCUCUGAAGUCUGCAGAAUUCAAGAAGAGAGAUGCAAACCCAGUUUUAUAUGUUCAUUCAGGACUCACGUGUCUCACCCAAAAGGAACCUGGGGCUAUGGGGGAAAAUGAAAGGAAGCCUGAAGACUGACUACCAAAACAUGCAAUAUACUUACUCACUGUCUAAGUCUGUAGCAUAACACGAACUGGAUUCUCUGUCCUUUUUUAAAUAGCAUUUUGUAAAAGAAAUGAAUGUAGUCCCACAACUCCUCUGAUUUGAAAGGAACACCUUGUAUUUUUUAUAGGCAUCUCUUAUCCACUGUGACUUUCUUUUAAACUGGGCUCUGUGACCGCAGAGUUUAGAAUGUAGAAAUGAAAUGCUUAGCUUUGCCUUUUCUUGGGGGUGUGGACCCUGCCAGAAAUGUAAUUAUGCUCAAGUGCAUUAAUUGAAGGCACUGUGCACGCCGUUGGACUGCUGACUAGUUAUGUUACCUGUAAAAUUCCAUAACUGGUCACGGCACAUUCGUAAUCACUGUAUUUUUUGACCCUGAUAAAAAAAAAAAAAAUUAUUUUGAUGGUGUUCUGGUACUGUAAAUGGUGUCCUUUAAAUUAUUUAAUAACUUUUGGGUGUGGGGCAGGAAGAGAGGGAUGGUGUCCAGAGACCCCCCCCCCACACUUUACAUCCUAUCUUACCAUCCCCUAUCUUACCAUCCCCCUCUUAUAUCCUUUUUGUUAAAAUAAAAAGCAUUGUAGCUGUU